ACUGAAAGCCAACCGCGCACAGCCCGCCCCUCUUCCUUUACAAUGCCUCAUUUCUCCACCAACUCCUCCCAAUUCUCCGCCGCCGAUCCAAUUCCGCCGCCACAAAUCCCCCGGAAGACGACCCAGAUUCCGAUUCAUGGCUUCCCUUUCGAAUUCCUUCUGUGUUUCUCCCUCUUGUGACCGCGGCGUCAAAUGUUCAUUCUCCAAACUCCGCCGUAUUCCCAUCGGCGAUCGUAAUUUGGUCUCUCUCCGCUCCUCGCCGGUUAGGAUCGAGCUGAAUCGUAACGGGUUUUCUGGGCUUAAUCCGAGGCCGAUGAGAGGGAAGAUUUGGGCUACCGCUGCUCAAACUAUGGAUCAGUCGUCGACUAAAACUGCUUCUUCUGCUCCUACGAUUGUUGAAGUGGAUUUGGGUGACCGGAGCUAUCCGAUUUAUAUAGGCUCCGGUCUUCUCGAUCAGCCUGAGAUUCUCCAGAGGCAUGUUCAUGGGAAGAGAGUUCUUAUAGUCACGAAUGAUACGGUUGCACCAUUGUAUUUAGAUAAAGUUACUGAAGCUUUAACUGUUGGGAAUCCUAAUGUUUCAGUUGAAAGCGUGGUUUUACCAGAUGGUGAGAAGUAUAAGGAUAUGGACACACUCAUGAAAGUCUUUGAUAAGGCUAUUGAGUCGCGGCUUGAUCGGCGUUGUACUUUCGUGGCACUUGGUGGUGGUGUCAUUGGUGACAUGUGUGGUUAUGCUGCUGCUUCUUUCCUCCGAGGGGUUAACUUUAUACAGAUUCCCACCACUGUUAUGGCCCAAGUAGACUCUUCUGUUGGGGGAAAGACGGGGAUAAAUCACCGUCUGGGGAAGAACUUGAUUGGUGCAUUUUACCAACCUCAAUGUGUUGUUGUAGACACGGAUACAUUAAACACACUACCUGAUAGGGAACUGGCUUCUGGGUUUGCUGAGGUCAUUAAGUAUGGGCUUAUCAGGGAUGCCGAGUUUUUUGAAUGGCAGGAGAAGAAUAUGCCAUCAUUAAUGGCGAGGGAUCCAGCCACCUUAGCUUAUGCGAUAAAACGUUCAUGUGAGAACAAAGCUGAGGUUGUAUCAUUGGAUGAGAAGGAAAGUGGACUAAGGGCAACCCUGAACUUGGGCCACACAUUCGGACAUGCAAUAGAAACUGGGUUCGGGUAUGGUCAAUGGCUCCAUGGAGAAGCUGUUGCAGUUGGCACGGUAAUGGCAGUCGACAUGUCGUAUCGUCUCGGAUGGAUUGAUGAUACGAUUGUGAACAGAGUUCAUGCCAUUCUAGAACAGGCCAAGCUACCUACUGCACCUCCAGAAACCAUGACGGUGGAGAUGUUCAAAUCGAUAAUGGCGGUCGACAAGAAGGUUGCUGACGGGCUACUAAGGCUAAUCCUCCUGAAAGGUCCUCUAGGAAACUGCAUUUUCACCGGGGAUUACGACAGGAAAGCAUUGGACGAGACGCUUCAUUCAUUUUGCAAGUCUUAAUUUAUAAGAUCCUAGAAGAGAUUGUUCCAACCUGUGUGUAAGUUUUGUACCAUAUCUUUCUAUGAUAUUUCCCUGGCGCUGCUUCCCCUUACUUAGCUUUAUUAGUCUUCAUUAUAUAUUUAUUGGAAAAUCCAUGUGAUGAGUGAUCUAUAAUCUAUGGUAAUGCUAUGUGCUUUUUGCACAAGAUCCACCAUUCUAGGGUUGUGAAUGAACUACUUUGGGAAAUAAAUUUCUAUCAUAUAUUUUCUUUUCU